AUGACCAUCUACUUCUUAAUUUUCCUUCAUCCUUUACUAAACACCUUUGCUUCGCACACACAGUCCUUGUGCCGCAGCGACCAACGAGAUGCUCUUUUGGAGCUAAGAAAAGAGUUCCCAAAGCAUUACGAGGACUACGGUCUAGCAAUCCCGUGGAACAAGAGCGUUGACUGCUGUUCUUGGGAUGGCGUCAUGUGCGAUGCUAUAUUGGGAGAGGUGAUAUCAUUACAACUCUGUUUGUCCGAUAUUUCUGUCAACACCUCUUUGAAAUCUAGCAGUGGUCUUUUCAAACUCCAUCACCUUACUUUCUUGGACCUUUCAAGAUGCCGUCUCCACGGAAAGAUUCCUUCUUCCAUUGGAAAUCUCUCCCAUCUCACAUCUCUUGAUCUUUCUCAGAACCAAUUAGUAGGUGAAGUUCCGGCUUCAAUCAGUAACCUAAACAAACUAGAUUACAUUAAUCUUGGAAAAAAUCAUCUUAGAGGUAAUAUUCUUACUUCAUUUGGCAACUUUACGGAGCUUUAUAAAUUAAACCUCCGUGAAAAUCAAUUCACUGGUGGGAUUAGCGUCUUAGCCAAUUUAACCAGCUUGUCCGAAAUAGACAUCUCCCUCAAUCACUUCAAAUCCUCGUUUCCCUCUUAUGACCGCCGCCACAACCACUUGUUUAUAUUUUGGGGAUAUGGAAACUCCUUGUCCGGACCGUUUCCAACAUCCUUGCUCAUGCAACCUUUCUUAGACGAGAUUGAUUUAAGCGGAAACCAAUUCGAGGGAUCAAUUGAUUUUGAGAAUACGUCGUCCUCGACUAUGCUUAGAGUGUUACAUGUCGGCUACAACAAUUUGGAUGGACUAAUCCCAGAAUCUAUAUCGAAAUUGUUCUUAGCCACAACAAUUUCCGAGGACAAAUUGCUAGAUCUAUAUCAAAAUUAG